AUGCCAAGUCCUGAUGAGAUGCAGAGCAAGAUGCUCCACAUCAAAGAUCAGAACCACUUGGGCCGCUUUGCAAAUCAUGAAGACGUCAAUCAAGAGAACCCAUAUGUCGAGAGAUGUCCCAAAUGGGCCGACGGAGGUGGUAGGAGUCGUGGCACAAUGUCUAUAGCAGGCACAGCCCGAAAAUAG